ACGUUUGUUUCUCUGUGCACAUGGUUGAUCCCUUCGGAAAUUGAAUAAACUGAGCGCGAUGACUGAAUUUAAACCUUUAGAAGUCUUUGAAUAUCCUCGUUCAGGAGUUCAAAUUACAGAAGAAAAUCUGUAUUGGAAAAAUCUAGGAUUUCCAUGUGCUUUCAAAGAAUUUGGAGCAAUUGAUUACAUUGAUUUCUCAUCACAAGAACCAUACAAUGCUGCUGUCACUUGUUCAGCCAAAGUACAAAUAUAUAAUACAGCGAACAAUAAGCACCAGUCAUCUUUUUCAAGAUUUAAGCAGGCUGCAUAUGGUGGUGUGUUUCGAAAGGAUGGAAAUCUUCUUGUAGCAGGAAGUGAAGAUGGUUUUUUACGGUUAUUUGAAGUGAAGAUGAGUCGUUUACUACGUAUAUUUAAAGGACAUAAAGCAGCAACUCAUCGCUGCAAUUUCACAUCAGAUGGAGUGCACAUUCUUAGUUUUUCUGAUGACAAAACAGUAGGAUUGUGGGAUAUACCUACAGAAACAAAAUUAAAAUCAUUUGAAGAACACAAGGAUUAUAUAAGAGCUGGUGCUGUCAGUCAAUCUUCUCAGGACUUAUUUAUUUCAGGUUCAUAUGAUCAUACAGUGAAGUUGUAUGAUGCACGUACUGGCAGUUCGGUGAUGACUGUAGAUCAUGGAGUUCCUGUAGAAUCAGUUCUCAUGUUUCCUUCAGGAGGACUUUUUAUCUCAGCUGGUGGGACAAGUUUGAAGGUUUGGGAUCCAGUUGCAGGAAGAUUGCUUUCACAAGUGAUUCAGCACCAUAAAACUAUCACUUCUCUUUGUUUUGCAAGUAAUGGAAGGCGUUUAAUGUCUGGAUCAUUAGAUAGGCACAUCAAAAUAUAUGAUGUAACAUCAUAUGAAGUUGUUCAUACACUGAAUUAUCCAUCACCAAUUUUAAGCAUUGCAGUUGCUCCUGAUGAUAAAGCUGUUGGUGUGGGAAUGACAGAUGGAUUGUUUUCCUUGAGACAUAUGAAACCAUCAAAAGCACCAGAAGAAACUAAGCAGAAAAAAAGUACUUUCUAUCAGUAUCGCUUAUAUGGAACAGAUUUCAAGCCUACUGAUAGUGAUGUUGUUGUUCCUGAAAAGAAAAAGAAAAUUUAUAAACAAUAUGAAAAUUACUUGAGAAGUUUUGAAUCUACCAAAGCUCUAGAUACAGUUUUGAAAGAUAAAGUCCAGAAAGAUAACCCUGAAAUUACUAUUAGUGUGAUGAUGGAGCUCAUCCGAAGAGGUGCAAUCAAAGCAGCCAUGGCAGGCAGAGAAGGAGAAUCCUUAUUACAGCUGCUUAAAUUUGUUACAAAGUACAUUGGAGAUCCUCGAUUCAUGAGAGUUCUUAUAGAUGUUGGAUUAAUACUUCUUGAAUUGUAUGGCCCUAAAUUUAAUGAUCCAGAAACGAGGAAGAUGUUUCAGGUUCUGCAGGAUGCAGUGGACAACCAAGUCUUAUACAUGCAAGAAAUGGAAGAAAUUCAGGCUGUCAUUCAGACUAUCUUAGUUUCCACAUACUCGCAAGAAGAUGAAGAAGAAAUGAUGCUGCCCAAAGCAAUAUCAAAUACAAUACCUGUCCAAACAUGAUUAAUGUUUUCAUAGUUGUUUUUAUACAUUAUGUACAUUUUGUAAUUAAAUUACUUCAUCUCUUUUUAUUUUUUA